UAUCCAACGCCCUUGGAUGCCAUGAAAGGACCUCAAGAGAAGCUGAUGUACGUGCUCUGCGUCUUAACCGGGACGGGGACCCAAAUGCCCGAUUAUCUCGCCACGGUGGAUGUGGAUCCCAAAUCUCCCACUUAUUGCCAAGUUAUUCACCGGUUGCAAAUGCCAUACAUUAACGAUGAGCUUCACUUCAUGGGCUGGAACAUUUGCAGUAGCACCUUUGGAGACACCACCAAGAAACGCAACCGGCUGGUCCUUCCAUGUUUCAACUCUUCGCGGAUUUAUAUUGUGGAUACUGGGACUGACCCCCGAGCUCCCUGCCUGUUCAAGGUGAUUGAGCCCAGAGAGGUCUUCUGUAAAACUGAAGUGGCUUCACUACUUAACCCACAAUGUCUGGGCAAUGGAGAAGUCAUGAUCAGCUCCCUAGGGGACCUAUUUGGCAAUGGAAAAGGCUCAUUUAUUCUCGUGGAUACGGAAACAUGGGAAGUGAAGGGCACCUGGAACCGCCCUGGGGAUGCGGCUCCACUGGGAUUUGACUUCUCGUACAAACCAAGGCAUAACAUCUUAAUCAGCACUGAACUAGGAGUCCCCAAAUUCGUUGCGGAUGCAUUUACCCCAAAAAAUCUGCAGAAAGGGGUCUUUGGCCGCUGCCUGAACCUGUGGGACUGGACCACUCACUGCCUCAUCCAAUCCAUUGACCUGGGGGAGGAUUCAGUCCCUGUGGGGGUCCGCUUCCUGCACAACCCAGAUGCCCCACAUGGCUUUGUGAACUGUUUCUUCGAUGGCUCUAUGCAUCAUAUUUUCAAGAAGGAGGACGGGAUGUGGACCACGGAGAAGGUGAUACAGAUUCCAAACAAGACCGUCACCGGGUGGUACUUCCCUGAAAUGCCAGCAUACAAUGCUCACAUAGUUAUUUCGCUGGAUGACCGUUUCCUCUACAUGAGCAACUGGCUUCACGGCGAUGUCCGACAAUAUGAUAUCACUGACCCCCACUGCCCUCGGCUGAUGGGCCAGGUGUUUGUAGGAGGCAGCAUCUACAAAGGUGGGGUGGUGACCGUGAUUAAUGAUGAAGAGCUGGACUGCCAACCAGAUCCCCUCGUGAUCCAGGGAAGGAGAGUCUAUGGGGGACCCCAAAUGCUCCAGCUGAGCUUGGAUGGGAAAAGGCUUUAUGUUACCAAUGGUCUACAAACAAAAUGGGAUGAGAAAUUUUAUCCAGAAAUGUUCAGGGAAGGGUCAGUCAUGCUCCAGAUUGAUGUGAACACCGAGAAUGGGGGUCUCUGUGUGAAUCCAGACUUCCUGGUGGAUUUCGGGAAGGAGUCGUGGGGUCCCGCUCGUGCAUUCGAAAUGCGUUACCCGGGAGGAGACUCUACUUCGGACAUCUGGGUCUGA